AUGUCUACCGUUCUCCGCCAGACCCAGCCCGAGGAGGCUGUCGACGAGACGCAAUUCGUCGAGGACCACCACCACCAGCACAGGGACUCUGUCCACCACCGUCUGCGGGCCAAUUCGGCUAUCAUGCAGUUCCAGAAAGUCCUCGUCGCCAACCGUGGCGAGAUCCCCAUUCGUAUCUUCCGAACAGCCCACGAGCUGUCACUUCAAACAGUUGCCAUUUUCUCCCACGAAGACCGACUCUCCAUGCACCGUCAAAAGGCCGAUGAGGCCUACAUGAUCGGAAAGCGGGGCCAAUAUACUCCCGUUGGUGCGUACCUUGCCAUUGAUGAGAUUGUCAAGAUUGCCCAGGAACAUGGCGUGCAUUUGAUCCAUCCCGGAUAUGGUUUCUUGUCAGAGAAUGCCGAGUUCGCCCGGAAGGUCGAGAAGGCGGGCAUGGUUUUCGUUGGUCCUACUCCCGACACUAUUGAUGGCCUGGGUGACAAGGUCUCUGCUCGUCGGGUAGCUAUCAAGGCCAAUGUACCCGUUGUUCCGGGUACUGAGGGCCCGGUCGAACGCUAUGAGGAAGUUAAGGCCUUCACUGACACUUACGGCUUCCCCAUUAUUAUCAAGGCUGCCUUUGGUGGUGGUGGCCGUGGUAUGCGUGUUGUCCGCAACCAGGCUGAACUGCGAGACUCCUUCGAGCGUGCUACAUCGGAAGCUCGCUCGGCGUUCGGCAACGGCACAGUCUUCGUCGAGCGUUUCCUCGACAAGCCCAAGCACAUUGAGGUCCAGCUGCUGGGUGACAACCACGGAAACGUUGUUCACCUCUUCGAGCGUGACUGCUCGGUUCAGCGUCGUCACCAAAAGGUUGUUGAGAUCGCCCCCGCAAAGGAUCUCCCAGUGGAUGUCCGUGACCGUAUUCUUGCCGAUGCCGUCAAGCUGGCUAAGUCCGUCAACUACCGCAACGCCGGUACUGCUGAGUUCUUGGUCGACCAACAGAACCGCUACUACUUCAUUGAAAUUAACCCCCGCAUCCAGGUCGAGCACACCAUUACUGAGGAAAUCACUGGGAUCGAUAUCGUUGCGGCGCAGAUUCAGAUCGCUGCUGGUGCUACUCUUGAGCAGCUCGGCUUGACUCAGGACCGCAUCUCCACUCGCGGUUUUGCCAUCCAAUGCCGUAUCACCACCGAAGAUCCCUCCAAGGGCUUCUCGCCUGAUACUGGUAAGAUCGAGGUGUACCGUUCCGCUGGUGGUAACGGUGUUCGUCUCGAUGGUGGUAACGGUUUCGCUGGUGCCAUUAUCACCCCUCACUACGACUCCAUGUUGGUCAAGUGUACUUGCCGUGGAUCUACUUAUGAAAUUGCUCGCCGCAAGGUCGUUCGUGCCUUAGUCGAGUUCCGUAUUCGUGGUGUCAAGACCAACAUUCCUUUCUUGACAUCUUUGCUUAGCCACCCCACCUUCAUUGAUGGCACUUGCUGGACCACUUUUAUUGAUGAUACCCCCGAAUUGUUUGCCCUGGUCGGCAGUCAGAACCGUGCCCAGAAGCUGCUCGCAUACCUGGGUGAUGUCGCUGUGAACGGUAGCAGCAUCAAGGGCCAAAUCGGCGAGCCCAAGCUCAAGGGCGACAUUAUCAAGCCCAUUCUCCACGACACCGCCGGCAAGCCGCUCGAUGUAUCUUCCCCCGCGACUAAGGGCUGGAAGCAGAUCCUUGACCAGCAGGGCCCCGAGGCUUGGGCUAAGGCCGUGCGUGCCAACAAGGGUUGCUUGAUCAUGGACACCACCUGGCGUGAUGCCCACCAGUCUCUGCUCGCCACCCGUGUUCGUACCAUUGACCUGCUGAACAUCGCGCACGAGACCAGCCACGCCCUCGCCAACGCCUACAGUCUUGAGUGCUGGGGUGGCGCGACUUUCGAUGUCGCCAUGCGCUUCUUGUAUGAGGACCCCUGGGACCGUCUGCGCAAGAUGCGCAAGGCCGUUCCCAACAUCCCCUUCCAGAUGCUUCUCCGUGGUGCCAACGGCGUUGCCUACUCUUCCCUUCCCGACAACGCCAUCUACCAUUUCUGUAAGCAGGCCAAGCGAUGCGGUGUCGACAUCUUCCGUAUCUUCGAUGCCCUCAACGACAUCGACCAGCUCGAGGUCGGUAUCAAGGCAGUUCACGCCGCUGGAGGUGUCGUCGAAGCUACCGUCUGCUACAGCGGUGACAUGCUGAACCCAUCGAAGAAGUACAACCUCGAAUACUACCUCAACCUAGUCGACAAGAUCGUUGCGCUCAAGCCCCAUGUCCUUGGCAUUAAGGAUAUGGCUGGUGUUCUGAAGCCCCAGGCUGCUCGCCUUCUGAUCGGCGGUAUCCGCGAGCGUUAUCCUGACCUUCCUAUCCAUGUCCACACCCACGACUCUGCUGGUACUGGUGUGGCGUCCAUGAUUGCCUGCGCCCAGGCUGGUGCCGAUGCCGUUGACGCUGCCACUGACAGCCUCUCUGGCAUGACCUCCCAGCCCAGCAUCGGUGCCAUCCUGGCUUCUCUCCAGGGCACUGAGCAGGACCCUGGUCUUGACAGCGCUCAAGUGCGGGCUCUUGAUUCCUACUGGGCCCAGCUGCGCCUGCUGUACUCGCCCUUCGAGGCGGGUCUCACUGGCCCUGACCCCGAAGUUUACGAGCACGAAAUCCCUGGUGGUCAACUGACCAACCUCAUCUUCCAGGCUAGUCAGCUUGGUCUAGGCCAGCAGUGGGCCGAGACCAAGAAGGCCUAUGAAGUUGCCAACGAUCUCCUCGGCGAUAUCGUCAAGGUCACGCCGACUUCCAAGGUCGUUGGUGAUCUUGCCCAGUUCAUUGUCUCCAACAAGUUGACAUCCGAGGACGUUGUUAACCGGGCAGCAGAGCUAGAUUUCCCUGGUUCCGUCCUUGAGUUCUUGGAGGGUCUCAUGGGCCAGCCCUACGGCGGUUUCCCCGAGCCUCUGCGCUCCAAGGCACUUCGCGAGCGCCGCCAGCUUGACAAGCGUCCUGGUCUCUUCUUGGAGCCCCUGGACCUCGUCAAGAUCAAGUCGGAUAUCCGGGAAAAUUUUGGAGGCGCCACUGAAUAUGAUGUGGCCAGCUAUGCCAUGUACCCCAAGGUCUUCGAGGACUACAAGAAGUUCGUUCAGAAGUUUGGUGAUCUUUCCGUUCUUCCUACCCGCUACUUCUUGGCUAAGCCUGAGAUUGGCGAGGAGUUCCACGUUGAGCUUGAGAAGGGUAAGGUACUUAUUCUCAAGUUGCUCGCCAUCGGUCCUCUUUCGGAGCAGACCGGUCAGCGUGAGGUCUUCUACGAAGUGAACGGAGAAGUCCGCCAAGUCGCUGUCGAUGACAAGAAGGCUUCGGUUGAGAACGUUGCCCGCCCCAAGGCCGACAUUGGUGACAGCAGCCAGGUCGGUGCUCCUAUGAGCGGUGUUGUUGUUGAAAUUCGAGUCCACGAAGGCUCUGAAGUCAAGAAGGGUGACCCGGUCGCUGUUCUUAGCGCUAUGAAGAUGGAAAUGGUUAUCUCGGCUCCUCACAGCGGAAAGGUGUCUGGCUUGCUGGUUAAGGAGGGUGACUCUGUUGACGGCCAGGAUCUCGUCUGCAAAAUUGCCAAGGCUUGA